AGACAGUUCCUCCUCCUCUCGCGAGAGGACGCUGCAGGCUGCAGCCAGUCGUCGCUGCGAACCCGGCAGCUUCUUGCAGGAAAACGCAGGGCAUGAACAACGAAACCCUCGCUGUAAUCUGGUUGUGUUGUUUGGAUUGUUGAACUGCGUCUACUAAACUACUACUUUUCAGCACAUGCACAUUUUCUGAUAAAGGAAGAAACACGAUGUGUCGAACAGUGGCAACCACUCCCCUCCCACUCUGGAUGUAGAUUGCACCAUGUUGGAUAAAACCAGUGAUGAAGACCAACCGACUGGGCACUGCUCACGCUGUGGCUGCAGCCUACCACAGCCUGACUCUGAUUCAACCGACUCUCCAGCCCCUCCUAAUGUGGACAAAGCAGCCAGUACUUCCAAAUGUCCAGCCUGCCAGGCGGGCAGCCGUCUCCCUAAUGGCCGACGUCUCCCUAAUGGGCGCCGCCGCCAACGCCUGGACCCUCACAGCUGCAGCCUGUGCUCCAAAACCUUCAUCUCCUCCACCCACUUGACCCUUCACCUCGCCUCUCACAACAAAGAAAGGAAGUUCAAAUGUAGCACCUGUGGCAAGUACUUCCAUCAGGCCUCCCACCUGAUGGCACACAAGAUAAUCCACAGCGGGGACAGGCCAUUUAAAUGCCCCGAUUGCGGCAAGACCUUUGGACGCGCCUCGCAUCUGAAGACCCACCAGCGUCUCCACACAGGUGAAAAGCCCUUCAAGUGCACCUAUUGUGACAAGUCGUUCACGCAGAAGGCCGGGCUCCUGGCACAUGUUCGACUACACACAGGGGAGCGGCCAUACAAGUGUGAGCAGUGUGGCAAGGGCUUUCGCUCUGUGUCACUCCUGCUCUCACACAAGGCCGAGGAGUCAGCGGCCAAACCAGCGUCAGCACCGGCACUGAACCAGCCUCAGAGUGGCCCCAACAAUCUGAACUGUGGCGUCUGCUGCCGUACCUUUGUACGGUCAUCAUACAUCAGGCUGCACAUACGCCUCAACAAAGGACUACGGCCUUAUCACUGCAAAGUGUGCAACAAGACUUUUGUGAAGCUGGACACGUUUGUGAACCACUGUGAUAAACACUUGAGGCAGAAAAGGGAAAAAAGUGUGGUAAAGGAGGUUGAAGACAAAGUUGUUAAACCUCCCCUGUUUGUUCCACUCUCCAGGGCUCCUCCUCCUGAACCCUUACCCGCUCAAUCUUUAGCCUCGGAGGUCAACACACGCUCCAGAGCGAAAGCAAAGAGCAAAACAGAGCCAUGACCAAGAGGAGUGUCAUGUUGAUGCAAUAAAAGUUAGGUUCACACAUGAUUUGAGAACGGGUCAAAGAACAAAUUUGAAACUCUCCAAAAUACUGUAAUGUGAUUUAUAUCGACACAUUUUCCACUUAAUUUGUUUAGAAUUUAUAAAUUUAUUGUGAAUGAUUGAUUAUCUCUAAGUACAACAAUGUUGUUUUUUAAUGCCUAUUUCAGCUCGUAAAGCUAAUUGACAUUUGUGACCGUAGCAAUUCAGUAGUUUACAUUUUCACUCAAAGCUUUGAAAAUAGAAAAAAUAUCUCAAACCAUUAUAUUCAUGCUUAAUGUUUUAAACAUACAAGCCAAAUGUCAUGUACUGUAUAGUACUCAAACAAAUGACUGUCAAUUUAAUGCCUACAUGUAAAACAAUAUGCAAAAAGAGUACAAAUACUGAUAAAAGCCUAGCGUGGAAGACUAAAUGAUUUAUUUGGUUACACCAUGAGACCAUAAAUCUGUUAAUUUGUUGUCAGUUAUCAUUCAUUUUCUUCUAUAAAAGCUAUUUUUUUCCUACUUAGCCAAUGAGCAUUUAAGGCAAAGUUACAGAAACACUCCACAGUUCAGUCUUUGCUUGAAACCCAUGUGUUAAUAUGCUCUUAAGACAUGGUUCACAGUAUGCUGUAUGUAUCACCUGGGCCUGUAGUUAGAUAGAUAUACUUUAUUCAUCCCCGGGGGGAAACUUCUUAUGCUGCUUAACACCACAGGACUACAUGUCGUUUCACAUGAGCCUCACACGCCAUUCAGGUCACCUCACUGACCCUAAACUCAACAGAAGAUGUUUUUGGACUCUCCACAUGGGGAAACUCUUUGUCCCAACCUAUGGACAGAGAGGAAAAUACAA